AUGCCAUCUCCUGCGACGCCGCACCGGCCGGCGAAAGGUGGAGGCACCGCCAAAUCCACCCCGACAAAGCCGCUGGAUAUUGGUCAACCGCUGGGCGUCCACGAUACAAAUACCGUUCGCUCGAGAGUGCGAAAAUGGCAGCAGCAAGGUGGAGGAGUAAUUACGAUCAACGAUGGAGCCUACGAUGACGACGAGGAGAAUGCGAUCCAGGAAAAACCCAAGCCCAAGCCGGUCAAGGUCAAACCCGAUCGAGUCGAGAAGCCUGUCAAGGACAAAGAAAAGACGGCCACGGCUCCGGCGAUGCGCAAACGCAGUCACAGUACCCCACGAAAACGAGUGAUCAGUGAUGAGCAUUGGAGGAGAAACCGAUCUACGACCACAGUUUCAACGACACCGCGGCACCUCCCUGCCCCGAAGCGCAUCAAUGAAUACACGACGAAUGACGAGUCGGAGACCUCGAAACCGAGGAAAGAUGAUAAAAAUGAAGAUCUGGACAAGGGUCGUGAUCCCCCUCGGUCCAGAGCCCGGCGCGACACUGUCAUUUCUCGGUCCCCGACCCGCGACUGGAAGCGCGCGAGCUCCCGCAAAGAUGUUUCCUCCGUUGCAGAUAGUGAUGCGGAGACAGAUCUCCCUCGGUCGACGGUUAUGUCAGAUAUCCCCGAACGUCAGAAGCGACAAUCACCGCCUCCCGAGGACGUGGAAUGGGCCAAGAGCGAAGCAGACUUCACCGAGUUGUCGCGGAGGCGUGCUCGGGGGCCAGUGAAGGGGCCAAAGGGGGGAAUCUUCGCGCAUAUGCUGGACGAGUCAAGAAAGAUGUUCACCAGACCAGAGGCUGAGCCACCUAGGCCUGCUCCUCCGCCAACCGGAAACCGCGGAGCUAAAAUUGAAGCAUGGCUAGACGGCGAAGAGUCAAAGGGUGAUAUGCCCGGUCCUCUCGACAUAAAGUCAGCCCGAGCGCGGCGAUCCCAGAAAAUCACUGAUGAAAUCGCCUCGAGCACUUUCUCACGGUCCGAACUAUCGGUGGAGAGCGAAUCACGCCCAAAGAGUUCCCAUAGCCGACACUCCAAGGACAGGGAUCGCCCUUCAUCGUCCGAGAAGCCUCGCAAGUCCCAAGAUCGUGAUGCGACAUCGAACCCCAAGCGGUCCAGCGUAGACAAAAAGGUUGAAAGACCAUUAGCACUCCGCAUUCGAGAGGACAAAAAGCUCGACAAGCCAUACGAAGACAGCCUUGCACCCUCGGAAUCUGACCUCCAACCCUUUUCGGAGGGAUCAGAGGUCUCUGCGAACAAUGCGCCUGUUCCCACCGGCCCCAAACGGCCUUUCCCAACUACCGGGAACCACAGACUCUCAACGAUCGCAUCCAGCGAGACCCUAACGCAUCCCCAGACCGUCGAAGAGGCAGAGGAAGCUGCCGAAGAAAAAGAUCAAUUCGAUCCUGAUUCGCUACCCCAAGUGACAUCACAACUCAAGAGACGACUCACCACGCAUAAUGAUCUGAUGUCCGUGUUAUCGGGUCCUGGCCGAAGCAGAAGCAACCGAUCCAAUCGAAGCAUUCGCUCUAAUAAGAGCCGUCUGGCCAACGCAACAAUUUCCGACAUCAUGGCCGAGCUCUCCGGCGACGAGACAAAGUACAUGCGCGAGCUGAAAACUAUUGUUGGUGGUGUGAUUCCAGUUCUACUGACCUGCGUGCUGUCGCGUUCUGAUUCAGCUAUUGCCGCGGGCCUGUUCCGGCCCUCCAUGGAUCCGACUGACGAUGUGAACUUCUCGAAGCCCAUCGUUAAUAUGGGCGUGGCCAUUGAGCGGUUGAAGACGUUGCACAAGCGAAUCCCGCAAGAUAACGCCGACGCAUUGCUGACGUGGGCUCAAGGGGCCCAGCGCGUGUACCGCGAGUACCUCAAAGCCUGGAGACUUGGCUUUAAAGAUGUCAUUGUGAACCUUGCUCCCCUGGAAGAAGACGAAGCCAAUCAACUGGCCGAGACCAGGAGUUUGGACGAAGGUUUGGAGCGCGACGAGAACGGUGAUGUGAUUGGCAGUGAUGGCGAGAAGGUUGAUGUCGCUUACCUGCUGAAGCGACCCUUGGUCCGCCUCAAGUACCUUUCCAAAACCUUCAAGGGAAUCAAUACUUUACAACCUUCGCCUAAGGCGGAGGAAGUUGCAGGGGUUUAUCAAGAUCUUGUGACUGAUGCACGCAAACGAGCCCGAGACGAACGAGCGAGGCUGGAAGAUGAGUCUGCCUCCAACAUCGAUGCGACCCGUGCACGAGACCCUGCGACCUUGGGUGUACUCCAAAACAUAAAUGUUGAUCACAGCCGCCGAGUCAGAGCUCGUGACUUCUUCAAUUUGUCUCUAUAUCAUUCCAGCGGGCAAUUGGUUGACUGCCGGGCGGAAUUGCUCUAUCGAGACAAUACUCCAAGCAACGGACCUGGAGGUGAUCUGAUGAUCUGCGAGAUCGAUCAUUCGGAACGUUGGCUUCUUUUCCCGCCAAUGGAUUUGCGAUGUGUUUCGGCCCGUACUGGCGAUAGCAAAGGCGAGAUUGUACUCAUGCUCCGCAGUGCCCCGGAUGCAGAGAAGUACUGGCAGGAGCUCAUCUCCCUUCGUAUCGACGAAGUCGAGGUUGGUCUUGAAUGGAUCCAGUUAUUAGGCUCUGACCCCAUCCCUCCGACGAUAUUCCGAACUCAAAGCUUUAUCAGCCGAGCCAAACAGCACAAGGCUCGCAAGUCAGAUGUUGAAUCGCCACCACGACCCAAUGCCAGCGAUGUUGAUAUUCCCAUUGGCGAGAAGCCUUUCAGCAAACGCCGCUCUUUGACACCAAAGGAGCAGUACUCCGAACCUAGUACAGUUAACUCUGCUAUUACCGAGAACAGAAGCUCUGUCUGUUCGACCGCUACUCGUGAAACUGAUUACACCACCGGAGGAUCGGAGCUCUCUACAAAACAGUCUCGUCCCGGUCUACCACUUCUCCCCUCUACUGUAAGCUCGGAAAAGUCUCCGUCCGGCUUGAAGAGAUCCAAGGCGAAGCGAAUGUCCCGCUACGGGGAUAGCCCAUCAGAAACACCAUCUUCUCCAAUCGGUGCUCCAGACAAUGCCGUGGCCCCUCCAGCGCCUCAACCGCAGCCGGAGCCGGAGCCAGAGCCAGAGGCCCAGCCCAAGACACUUCAGCAACCAGAACCCAGAUUCUAUGGAGGUAGCAAGGAUACUUCUAAAGAUUCACGCUUGCCAAAGCCCAAGUCUCCCCCCGAAGACACCGCAAGCCCCUCGUGGAAGAGAAUCCCCGGAGGAAUCGCCGCGCGUAUCGUCCACGCCGUCAGCUCAUCUUCCCCAAAUUCCCAAGCUUCGCACCCAACUAGCGUUGACGUUGAUGCGGAAGAGGACUAUCCUCCCCUCGAGUCUCUGCCUGAUCAAGAAGAAGAAGUUCCAGAGACUCCCACAAGAACGAGAAGAAAGUCUCGGCGCAAGUCCAAGCAUGAUGAUAAGCACGACGAUGCGCCCCCGCCACCACCACCUCAUCGCUCCCCCAGCGCAAAGGUGAACAACAACCAGCCUACUCUCAGCCCGUCAGCUGUUCGUCUCAAGCGCCGUGGAUCGUCCCCUCUGAAGCACGAAUAUGAACCCUCUACUGCUUCCGACUACUCAGAGACCGACUCCGAUGCUUCGACCGUGCGACAUUACUCUUACUCAUCGUCCGAAUAUUCAAGAUCUGAUUCUGAAUCCGAAUCCGACUAUUCGUCAGAAUCAGAGGACGAGGCUCAUCUCCCCAAGCCAAAGAUACACGAUACCGCUACCGCUACCUCCGAGACAAGCUCUCUGUCGCCUUCCAACUCUGCAUCGCAGAGUGGCUACCGUACAGUUCCCGUACAACCUACCAAGUCGACCAAGGUCAUUGCAUCUCUUUUCGCAUGGUCAGAUAAAGGUAGCUGGGAAAGUCUGGUUCCCGACGAGUGUAACAUCGUCGUCAGCCCGGGCCUCAUUGAAGCAUUCAAGAUGACUCCUGAUUCCAACACAAAUUCGUCUGAUCGAUCAUCCCGAUCGUCGCGUCCACUCAUUUCUAUGGAACUGACACCACUCGUUCCCCUCCGCCGCGGAACCGCUAUCGAUAUCAGCGUCCGCUCCCCUCCAACUAACCGAUCCAAGAUCACUUCGAGCAACAAUAUCAUGUUCCGCUCCCGCACCCCUGACGAGUGUGAUUCGCUUUAUGGCCUCAUCAACCAAGCCAGAAUCAAUAACCCCACCUACAUCGCCCUCCAGAAUGCCCGUGGCAGCACCUUCGACAACCCAAUCCCGAACUACGAGCCAGAUUCCAAGUCUGGUGGUGCCUGGUUCGGCUUCCCUCGUCGCAGGAAGAGCUACCGCGCCUCCAGCUCCCCCCGUUCUCUCGCCGAAGGCUCCGAGAGCAGUGUAGGCACCAUGAGCUCCGCCUUCUCCGCCCUAAAGCGCUUCGGCGGCGGAAGCAAGAUGUUUAACAUCUCUCGCUCGACUGUGGAAUCUCGCAGCGGCCGUGAGGGUAGCAUGUACUCCGGCGAGGAGGGGUAUAGCCACUCACCAUCUGGUGGAAUCGGCCGCAUCGCCGCCGCCAUCAAGGGCGCCGAUGGCAUCGGUCUAUCAAAUGCCAAGAUCCGCAUCUAUCUCCGCGAAACCGCCUCCAAGUGGCGCGACAUGGGCGCUGCCCGUCUAACAAUCAUGCCCGCUCCUCCCAAGAACCCUCCUUCUCGCCCUGGAACCGCCGUCAGCGGCCGUAGCGAGGGUAGCGGCACACACGGCGAUGGAACCGGCUCCUCCCCUCCAAGCUCCGGCGCGACAACGCCCCGCCGUGACGUCGAAACUGAGAAACGUAUUAUAAUCCGCGGCAAGACCCGCGGAGAAGUGCUUCUUGAUGUCUGUCUUCCUGAAAGCUCGUUCGAGCGCGUUGCUCGGACGGGAAUUGCUGUCUCUGUUCAUGAGGAUACUGCCGGUGGCGGCGUCGCGAAACAAGGAGGUGUUACUGCUAGCUCUCAGCGCAUCUAUAUGCUUCAGAUGAAGAGCGAGGCGGAGACUGCUUAUACAUUUGGCCUUGUUGGUAAACUACGAUACUAG